AUGAUUAAAACAAUAUUUAAAUUUUUUAUAUUUUUAUUUUUAAUUAAAUUUAUUAAUUGCCAAAAAGAUAAAGAUUUAAAUUUCCCAUUUCCAAAUUUGUUGGGUGAAUUUGACAGUGGUUAUAGUUAUUUUCCAAUGAUUGAUAAUUUAAAACUUCAUAUCCGUUGUUACACAAAUAAACAAAUCUCAAAAAAUGAUGGAGAAAACUUAUUAUUCGAUUCUGGUUUACCACUUUUUUCAACAGCAUAUGGCAACGUAAUUGAAAUGUUAUUAAAAAACAACACAAUGAACAAGUUAAAAAUUUCAAAUGCUUGUUUUUUUGAUAGAUAUGGCUAUGGAUGGUCAGAAUUAUCACCAGUUGCAUUAAAUUCAAAACAGUUUAUAAAAAAACUAUAUGCUUCUAUUCAAACCAUUCCAAGUAUUAAUAAUUCAAAAUAUUAUUAUGUUGGUUGGUCAUAUGGAGGUUUAUUAGGUCAAACUUUUGCAACAUUAUAUCCAAACUUAAUUAAAGGUUUAUUAUUAAUCGAUAGUAGUGAUAUUGGUUCACUUUAUGACCCAAAAUGGAGUUUUGAUAAUAUAACCAGUCAGAUCGAUUUUAUUUUACAAAGUGUUGUUCCAUCACCAAAAGAGUAUAUAGAACAAUUAACCGAUUUUGGGAUUAUAACUUUAAAACAAGGAUGGAUGGAUUCAAAUACAAGUUUACCAAAAAGUUGUGUAGAAAAAACCCAAAAAAUAAUUUUAAAUUCUUAUGACAAUUACUACUUGGCCGCUGCUCAAGAAUUGAGUCAAUUUAUUCCCAAUGCUAUGUUUUUAAAAAGUCAAUAUGAAAAGAUUCCAUGUAAACCAUUAGGUAAAUUACCAUUAGUUGUAAUUUCAUCGAACCCUGUAGAAGAGCCCGAUUGGUAUAAUAGACAAAUAGAAAUUACAAAAUUAUCUUCAAAUUCGAUUCAAUUAAACUCUACAGACCAUUUUGUUCCAAUUAACCAACCUGAUUUAAUUAUAAAAUCCAUAGAGAUUUUAUUAAAUAAAAAUUAA